GACGGAUGUAACCAUGUAGAACCGCCACUAAAUAUAUAGCUAUUAUAUUGUAAAGUCGGCUUUUUCAAUGUGAUGCAAUUUGCUACCAACCAAGAAGAGUGUAUAUUCUGACUAGGAAGAAUCAGCUACAACCAUGUCCAUCUUUGUCGAGAAACUUCUGAAGUGGUUGAUGGGAAUUCGAAGGUGGAGGCAGUGGAGCUGGAGCAGCUGAUGGCGGUAGAUGGAAAGGUUGAUUGGAAAGGAAGAAGAGCUCUCAAAAAUAAGCAUGGUGGAAUGAUAGCUGCAAUCCCCAUGCUAGUGACGCUUGGUUUCGAGAACUUGGCGACAUUCUCGCUGGCGGUGAACGGGGUGCCAUACUUCAACGGAGAAAUGCACUAUGAUCUGGCAGAUGCGGCUAACAUGCUCACCACCUAUCUGGGUGUAAGCUACAUCCUCGCCCUUUUGGUCGCCGUCGUUGCUGACACCUGGCUUGGCAGAUACAAAUCCGUUCUUAUUUCUGGCUCCCUCGACUUUCUGGGACUUGUAUUGAUCACGGCACAAGCGCACUAUUCUAGCCUUAAGCCACCCCCUUGCAAUAUGUUUGAUCCAAGAUUUCACUGUGAGAAACUCAGAAGAGGCCAAGAAGCAUUUCUCUACAUUGGCUUGUACUUGUUGGCAUUUGGAAGUGCAGGGGUCAAAGCUUCUUUGCCAUCACAUGGUGCUGACCAGUUUGAUGAAACAGACCCAAAAGAAUCAAGGCUGAUGUCAACAUUCUUCAACACACUCUUGCUUGCAGUGUGCCUUGGUGGUGCUGUCAGCUUAACCUUCAUUGUGUGGAUACAAAUCCAUAAAGGAUGGGAUUGGGGAUUUGGGAUUGGCACCAUUGCUAUGUUACUUGGCAUCAUUAUCUUUGCUGCUGCAUUGCCACUAUACAGAAUUCAUCCUGCUAAAGGAACAAGUGCUUUACUUGAGAUCGUGCAGGUCUAUGUUGCUGCAAUCCGGAAUAGAAGACUUACCCUUCCUGAAGAUCCUGCAGAACUAUAUGAGAUUGAGUCUGACAAGGAAGCUGCUUUGGAAACAGAGUUUCUACCUCAUAGAGAUAUUUACAGGUUUUUGGACAAAGCAGCCAUCCAAACAAAACCUAAUGAUCAAUCUGAGAAACCAGAGGCUCAAAGCCCAUGGAAGCUUUGCAGAGUUACACAAGUAGAAAAUGCAAAAAUCCUUCUUAGCAUGGUCCCAAUUUUCUGCUGCACAAUCAUAAUGACCCUUUGCCUGGCUCAACUCCAAACAUUUUCUAUCCAACAAGGCUAUACAAUGGACACCAGAUUCAUCAAUAAUUUCCACAUCCCACCAGCAUCCCUCCCAAUCAUCCCAGUCACGUUCUUAAUCAUAAUUGUUCCAAUCUACGACCGCAUCUUUGUGCCUCUUUUGCGCAGAUUCACCGGUAUUCCCACUGGAGUCACGCACUUGCAGCGCAUAGGAGUAGGUCUAGUACUCUCUUGCAUAUCAAUGGCAGCGGCUUCAAUAAUGGAAGUGAAGAGAAAACAAGUCGCAAGAGACCAUAACAUGCUUGAUGCUAUACCAGUACUUCAGCCAUUGCCAAUAAGCACAUUCUGGCUUUCUUUUCAAUACUUCAUAUUUGGCAUAGCUGACAUGUUUACCUAUGUGGGGUUGCUUCAGUUUUUCUAUUCAGAAGCACCAAAAGGGCUUAAAUCUACAUCAACAUGCUUCCUUUGGACUUCAAUGGCACUCGGGUAUUUUCUAAGUACUAUUAUGGUGAAAUGUGUGAAUGGUGCAACCAAGCAUCACACUAAUAGUAGGGGAUGGUUAGCAGGGAACAACAUUAACAGAAACCAUCUAAACCUUUUCUACUUGUUCCUAUCUGUGGUGAGCUUCAUCAACUUCAUAAUCUAUUUGUUUGUUUCAAAGAUGUAUAAGUACCGGCCUCAACAACCUAUAGUGCCAGAUGACAAUUCAAAAUCAAAGGAAUGAUUAUUGUUUACAAGGAAGAAGAAAAAAAAUAAGUAAUAAAGAUGGGUUAUCAUAAGGAGUAAAUAAUUGUUGGUUGUUUUGUGAGCCUCUUUUUCUAUUCCUCACAAUUUGGAGGCUUUUUUGUCUCAAGAUUUUCACAAUCCACAUAUAGAUCUUACUAUCCACUCCAUACCUUUUGAGAGGAAUUAAUCUCCAUUUUAAUCUUUUUUCUAUAUUCAGUGUUUUUUUUAUUAUGAUUUUGUCUUCAUAUUAUGUAUAUAUUAUUCAUUUUAAGAUUUGUGAAAGUUAAUUUUUUUUAUAAAUCACAUACUACUUAAACCUGCUGGUAAGAAAAAAAAGAAAAACUCUUGAUAUGGUUAUUCAAGACUCAUUAUUACGUCACUACUAGUUGAAGUUGAUAAAGUUGUUUGUAGUUAUGUAAAGGUCCCCACUCCAAGUUCCCAAAGCUUCACAAAUGGCAACAUAACCUGACAAGUAAUUAACAAGUCUAAGCCACGUAAUGCACCUUGCAUGCCUACCACGUCCCCUUUUCCUUCCUCUAUAUCACUUCCAAUACACUCUCAUCUCUUCCAACACAACAAUAAUGGCUUCGGCGGACAAGUCAGCGGGCCCCACACCACCGGGGCAAUCCAUGAGCGUGGGGCAGCACAUGCUAGACAAGGGCGCCAUGAUGCUUCAGUCCCUCAAACCCGUGAAACAGUUCAGCCAGCAUGUCUGCUCCUUCGCCAUCUACAGCCACGACAUGUCUCGCCAGAUCGAGACUCACCACUACUGCUCCCGCCUCAACCAGGACUUCCUCCAGUGCGCCGUCUACGACUCGGACGACGCCAACGCCCGCCUCCUUGGUGUGGAGUAUAUUAUUUCUGAUAGAAUCUUUGAAGAUCUGCCUAACGAGGA